AUGCAGCACGCCGUCACACUCGUGGCCGCCUUGGCCGCCCUCUUGUGGGAUGGAGCCGGCGCCUCUCCGCAUGCGUCUGCCUUCCGGCGUCGCGAUGUGCCCCAGAUCCCCGGUUACGACUUCUCGGGAUGCUACACCGAGGCCACCAACUCGCGGGCCCUCACUGGAUCUGCCUACUUCGAUGACCUCAUGACGGUCGAAAAGUGUGCGGCCGCCUGCUCCGGCUUCAAAUACUUCGGCGUCGAGUACGGCAGGGAGUGCUACUGCGGCAAUACCAUCGCCGAGGGCAGUGUCCAGGCUUCGCUUGCCGACUGCUCGUUCGCUUGCCCGGGAGAUGCGACCCAGAACUGCGGUGCGGGCAACCGGCUCGAUCUGUUCACCCGCACGACGGACCCGGCGCCUCUGACGGAGCUGGGCUACUUGUCUCGCGGUUGCUAUGCCGAGCCCGCCGGUGGCCGUGCCCUGACGAGCCAGGCCACGAGAGCUGACGACAUGACGGUGGAGGCGUGCGCCACGUUCUGCGGCAACGCCGGCUACGCUCUGUUUGGUCUGGAGUACUACACCGAGUGCUACUGUGGCAACGUGUUGAUGCCCGGUGCCGAACCCGCUGCCGACGCCGACUGCAAGUACCCUUGCGCCGGCAACGCCAAUGAGCUCUGCGGAGGCGACUGGCGGCUCAACCUCUACGAGUUUGGCUCCAGCCCGACCUCGACCGCGUCCACCGCCAGCUCUACCCCGUCGGUCGGUCCGGCCACGUACACCAGCGAGGGCUGCUACACAGAGGCUACGGGCAUCCGGGCCCUGAGUGACGUCGCAUACUUUGACGAUGCCAUGACGGUUGAAAAGUGCGCUGCGGCCUGCGCCGGCUACGCCUGGUUUGGCCUCGAGUACGGCAGGGAGUGCUACGGCGGCAACGCCAUCAACUCAGCGCAGGGCAGCGUGCCCACCAGCCUUUCCGAGUGCAGCUUCCCGUGCCCGGGGAACCCGUCGCAGAAGUGCGGAGCGGGAGACCGCCUCAACAUGUAU